AUGAAAUUGUACACACAGGGGCAAUAUGUUGGCAGAAUUCGAGAAUAUUUCUAUUAUGUGAGCCAUCAGGGAUUCUUGUUUUUGGAUGAUUCGAGAAUGAAGAAUUUCACGGCCGCUUAUAAAGAUGUUCAAUUUCUCAAUUUCUUUUACAAAAUGCUCAAAACCAAUCGGACCGGUCGAUACGAGUCGGAAUUUCCGUAUGUGAGCAAUUGCGGAAUCGAGCGCAAUUAUUUGCGAUGCGACGACACGCCGGUCGUAUUCACAGCGCUGUCACAAUCGCGACGGCUCAGAAUCGGUCAAUCCGAAAUCUAUCAAGAGUUUCAGCCUCAACACCUUUUUAUGGCGGAAUCUGGACGCGUUUAUCAUCCGCACCCGAUUUGUCGAAUGGCGCUGAUGGCGGACAAGCUCACCGACGAGAUGUACCCGAAUUUCGAGUUUGAUGAGAAUCACAAUCCGAUAGCAUAUUGACGAUCGAUGACUGAAUUUCCGCCGGCGCCGAAGAAAUGUAAACGGAGUGAGCUGACUUCCCGGAUACCAUCGGAGAGUUUCGCUGAAGACGAUGAUGAGAGCCUUGAUUCGAAUUUCACAAUGUUCUUCGUUCGGAUCAGCCGUGAGGAUGAGGAGCAGCCGACGCAGAGCGAAUGGGAUGAGUUUGAGGAGCUCUAUCGGAUAUUAUAUCGCAUAAAAUUCCUUCCGGAAUGGAUAAGCGCCGAAGAGGUGUUCAAUUAUGAGCAGAAGGACGAUUUCUUUGUGAUUCCCAUGUUCAGAGGGCCCGUUUUUGAGAGACUGAGCGCCGAAGGAUUCCGGCUCUUCGGUGCUCCGAUUGUCGCCGAAUGUGUGAAUGACGAGAAGGCGCUUCCGAAUUCGGACCAUCCAGUGUAUUCAAGUGUAUUCGAGGGCGCUUCCGUGUGUUUUACGGGGUUUUCGCCAGCGGAAAAAGAGGAAUUGUCGAGAAAAAUUGUGUGGAUGAACGGCUCGGUGAGCAGCACAUUUCACACGCAGCUCACGCAUUUGAUUGCGAAGAAAGCGGAUUCCGGAUCGCAAAAAUAUAAGAUUGCAUUCCAGCGCGGUGUUAAAGUGAUGAGAAGGGAAUGGAUCGAUGAUCUUUGGGAGAAGACGCAAACGACGACGGGCAAAAUCAGCGCGAUGGACGUCGACAUCGUGAAAUCCUAUCGAUUGCCGGUUUUUCAUGGAUUGAAGAUGACAAUUUCUCAAAUUACGGGAUCCGAUCGCGAUUAUUUGAUGCAAUUGAUCAAAGACCACGGCGGUGAGGCUCUGGCGAAUAUGGUCCGUAAUUCUUGCACCCAUCUCGUCACGGAUGUCACCAAUGGAAAGAAAUAUACGAAGGCGACCGAAUGGAAAAGUGUGAGAAUUGUGCAGACGCGUUGGGUUCGAAAAUGCAUUGAAUUGGGCUAUUUGGUGGAUGAAGGAAAAUACCAUCCUAGCUUAUUAUCAUCGGAUAGAUUGAGAUGCUCGACGCCAAAUAAAAAUUUGAGUAUGAAAGAGAAUUCAAUUGAUGUUUCGUAUAUUCCCGGCACCGGCGGUCGUCUGAAUGUCUCCCAAGACACCUCUGCUAUGCUGACGCCGUCUUCGAUCACGAACAUGAAUCGGAUGAAUCAGAUAUUCCAGCGACCCAAUUCGUCGGUGGUGUCGAAUACGACACUUGUGGAACCAUCGGCGAGUAACGUGGAGACCCCAACAAGAAGUGCGCCGAUGCCAUUGACGAGAAUUAUGUCGAAUCGCACGAUUUGCAAUCAGACGAGGGACGAGCCGAUCGAUGAUGUUCUUCGGGGAAAUAACGAGGAUUUGGACAUCCUCGAACCCUGCCUUAUUUGGCUUUGCGGAAUUGACAACGAGGAGAGGAUGAACAAAUGGAGGAAGUUGCUCGACAGAUCUGGAGCGACCCGAGUGAGCCGACAUGAAUCGGCAACGCAUAUAAUUGUGGGCAACGCGAUAUCUCAAAGCGAAAAAGCGAUUAUUCGAAAUUUGGCGAGAAAUCAACCGGAUAUAUUGAUAUUGACGACUAGCUGGAUAUUGGAAUGCUUUAAGAGGCGCGAAAUGGUGCCGCAUGAAGAAUUUGUUUGGAGCGAGAACGCCGAUGAGUCGCAAUAUUGCGGAAGUCAGCCGACAUCGACCAAGCCGCCAGUUUCGGAAAAGUCGAACCCGUCGGUUGGAUCGAAGACGUCAACAUCGGUUUAUUUGCAAAUGAAAGGAAUAUUUUGCCAACUGAAAUUCCAUUUGCACAAUUCGCUGAAUGAGGCGAAACGUCAGAGUUUGGCGAAGCAGAUUAUUGAAAAUGGCGGACAAGUCUCUUCGAAGGAUGAAGCUAACUAUAUGGUUUAUGAUCACAUGGCUCCCGCGCAUGUUCUUAUCGAAUUUGACUAUAAUGUCACUUAUUUAUAUGUGGAAAGCUGUAUUUCUUAUGGGCGUUUGAUUAGUAUCUCGGAGCAUCCGCUGUUUGUCCCAUUCGCGAAACCGGUAUCCCAAUUAUUUUCCGGAUAUUCGUUUGUGUUGACGUCAAAUAGUUCACUUUUAAAGGGAAUUCCGCUAAAAAACUAUGCGGGACGAGCCGAUGAUGUGUGGAAUCAAUGCUUCCGCGAAAAAGAGACGACGGUUGAAAUGGAUUUGAAUUUGGAGAGAGGCUCCGAUCUUGGUUCGGAUGGUAUUGCCGAUCGGCAGCCAAUUUCGGUAGUGGCGCCGAUAGCGCGCCCAAAUAAGGAGAGAUUUGAGAUGAGAUUGGAUCUGGAAGGCGCCAGCGAGCUCAUCGACAACAUCCCAUCGCCGUCGCAUUGCAGUGAAGACAGCAUGACAACCACAAAAAUUGGUGAGAUUUUGGAACGAGCUGCCGAACGGACGGGACGAAAACGAAAUUCGACGGCGAAGGAGAAGCCGCCGAAAUUUCCGAUGGGAAUCUAUGAGAGUGUUGUUGAGAAACCGAAUUCUACACGAUCUUUGCCGGAGCCGUUGAGGAAUUGUACGAAGGCGAAUGAUCGCGAUUUUGCCGCAACGACGGCGGACCAUCAUGAGACGAUGGACGAACGGCAGCGAUAUGGAUUUGAACCGAAUUUUGAGAGAAAUGAGCUUCGCGAUGCGAUUUUGUCGCUUGGCGGCAAAGUUGACACCGAGUAUAAGUGGGAAUCGACGCAUUUGAUCACCGCGAAAUUGGUAAUGUUUGAUUUAUCACUUACGAGAACGCCGAAGACGUUGAGCAUCAUCGCUUCUGGCAAGUGGUGUCUCCAUCCCGAUUAUAUUCAUGAAAGUGCGAAACGGGGCAGAUGGCUCAUGGAAGAGGAUUAUGAAUGGGGUCCGAGUCGAUUAUUGCCCAACGCGAAUAAGAUCGAGCAGCAAUUGUCGAGGAGAUGCGAAUAUUGGAGGAAAAAAAUUGGCGAAAUGCCGAUUACUGAUUCGAUUCGAACGGAAUCUCGAAGCAAUGGAGCAUUUAGCAGCUGGAAAUGCGUUUUUCACAUUGAAGACUCGAGAUCGAUUCAGGUUAUACCGAUUCUGAAAGCCGGCGGAGCUGUCGUUGAAACGAUUUCCGAUUUUAUUGAAGCGGUACCGCUCAAUCCGACACAUGUAUUCACUAGUAAAGAUUUUCCAUGGAAUAUUCAAAGUACUGCAAUGCUGAAACGAGCUGGAAUUCCGCUGCUCACUUAUGAUUAUAUUUACGAGUAUUUGAUCGACGAAAAUGUCGAAUUGAGGCGAUUUUAUCAUUCCACUGUACGCAAUUUGUCGUGA